AUGGCUUUCCACACUCGCUCCAACAGCUUCACCUCAAUGCCACACCCGAUCGUUCAAGAAGUUGAUGAACAUUUGUGUAGACUGAGAUCUUCUGAGGCCACCUCCACAUCCUCCACAUCAAUCAGCCACAAACUAACUGGCCUUCAAGACUUGCAUGGUUGUGUUGAUAGGUUGUUUCAGUUGCCCGUCACUCAACAAGCCUUGGCCCAAGAGCAGAAUGAGAAAUCGACUAAUGAGCUAUUAGAUGGUUCUCUCAGGCUCUUGGAUGUUUGUAGCAGUGCCAAGGAUGCCAUGUUGCAAACCAAGGAAUGCAUACAGGACCUUCAAUCGAUAUGCAUACAGGACCUUCAAUCGAUCAAGCGAAGAACGCGAGGAGGUGAAUCUGGAGCACUCACUGAGGUCAGGAAAUACUUUACCUCAAGGAAGAUUGGUGAAGAAAGCAAUCCACAAGGCUAUGAUAAAUCUCAAGGGAUCCAGUUUCUCAUCCCUCAGCAAGGACAAUGA